AUGUCCGACCGCACCCGCGAUGCAACCUCAGUCCCUCUACCGCUCGAAGUUCUGCUGCCAGCCGUGGUGUCUGUUCUUGUGGUCUUUGUUCUGUCAUCUGUGCUCGUCCAUCAUAUCUAUCUCAUUCGUAGUUCCCAGGCCAAGCGUCUUACCAACAGUUCCAGCCUACUAUUACUGUCAGAUCGCGAGGCGAACCGUCAAUGGCUGGAUGACCUCAGACUCGUCAAAGGGCUCGGUUUAGGAUGGAAGGCGAAACGAACCUGUAGCCUCAGUUUGGACGUCAAAUGUCGAGGAGAGGGAGACUUCGAAGAUGAGUUUAUCCAGGCUCCCCUUUCGCGUCCGCAAGGCGCUUUCUUUCCUGAAUGGCGCCGUCACUCAUCGAUUCUAUCUGAUGCCCGAAGAAUGCUGAAUUUUAGCUGUACUCUACAAAGUUCGCUCUCGCUGUUUGGAUGGUCAACACGCACGCGUAGCGAUAUGGUCAUCCCGGAAAUCCAGAUUACGGUACCGCCCACAGCAGUCUCGGCGACUACUUCGCUUCUCCCACAACACCGCAGAUGGUCGAGUACAUUCAGACACGAUAUCGGACUUGCAACAAGCGUGAUACCUCAGCUUAAAAAACAAGAUCAACACGCUGACACCCAUUUCAUGCCUCUUAUUAAGCAGGAAAGGACAUACGCUCCUGUCGGCUCACCAAUUGGUGAGACGCGGAUUGCCCUCCCUUCUGUGCCCUGCCGCCCAGUCUUCGCUUCUCCGAGAAUGGUCGCAACUGACACUGAUCGGAUACCAUGGUGUCGUACGCCAUUAUCCCCAAUUAGCGAAGAGCAAGGAUCACGUUGCUCUAGCGCUAGUUCCAGUUCGACCGUAGUCAGCUCAAUACUUGAUGAUGGAUACAAAGACAACGACAACGACAAAGGCAGAUCCACUUCAAAUAUAUCAACAUCUAAAACAGAACGUAGCUUGGUGUCUUCUUACGGCCUUGCUUUGCUACAGUCAUCGCACUCGCUGUUCUCGACGACAAGCACUUCGACUGAUCUCCUAAAUAUGAAACCCGCCGACCAUCCUAAUUCGGCUAUUUAUACUCCGCGUUCACAAUCCGAAGUCCGACUUGUGGCUAUGACACGACCUCUAGCAAGUAAGUCUACGGUGGCCCUCGCUUAUCUUGAUUCUGCGUCUGCUUCAUCUGUCGGUUCUGCCUCAACUGUCUCCGAGCUCUCUUACGUACUUUGUCCGCCUUCUGUUCAAAGCCGCACUGGAGGGACACAGAACUCACAACAGGAUCUACCUAGCUUGCUUGAAUUUCCUUUGUGUGUCCCAGGGUCUGUUGCCACCACCCAUACAGGCUCUCUAUCCAUCAAUCAAAGUCCACCGGCCAACCGCUCUUCGUCCCAUUAG